AUGGCUACGUCAGACCCAACGCAUGAAAGCUCUACCUCCACAAUCCAUGAGACGGAGACUUCCGAGCAUCCUCCUAUGAAAUCGCCUCAUGAAGCCAAUCAGGAUAUCGAAAAACCACCAGCUUGGAAUAACAACGAUCCCCCUCCUGAUGGAGGCAUCACUGCAUGGCUAGUGCUGUUCGGCGCAUGCUACUACGAAACCACUCUCCUACGAGAACACUCCCCCAGCACGAUAUCCUGGAUUCCCUCUCUACAAGUCUUCUUCAUGUUCGCCAUGGGCCCCAUCGUCGGAAAGCUAUACGACACCUUCGGCCCCCGCCACAUCAUUGGCCUCGCUGUCCACAGAAUACUACCAGCUGCUCCUCUCCCAAGGCGUCUGCAGCGCCAUCGGCGUGAUCUUCCCGAUUAUGGUGAGCCGGUUGAUGGGCAGCAUCGGGUACGCGUGGACGAUGCGCACCGCGGCAUUCGUGAUCCUGGCGUUGCGAACUUGAGCAUCCGAGCGCGCGGGACGCCGAGUGCGGGGGGCUUCAGUCGGGAGAGUCUGCUUCGGCCGUUUGGCGAGGCGAAGAUGGUUCUUCUUGUGCUGGGGUUUGUGUGCUUGACGUUUGGGGUGUUUAUUCCUAUCGAUUACAUUGUUGUGCAGGCGGUGCAUGCGGGGAUGAGUGCUGCCCUGGCGCAGUAUCUGGUUGCUGUUCUGAACGCGGGGAGUCUGUUUGGGCGCUUGUCGGCGGGGGUGUUCUCCGAUCGCGUCGGUGCGUAUAAUAUCUGUGUCGGCGUGGUUUUUCUGGCUGGGGCUGUUGUGCUGGGGUUGUGGAUUCCUGCGUCGGGGAAUGCGGCUAUCGUUGUCUUUGCGGUGGUGUUUGGGUUUGCGUCCGGGGCGUAUGUCAGUCUUGCGCCGGCGCUGGUGGUGGGUAUCUCCCCGCUGCAGGAGAUCAGGUACCGGACGGGGUUGUUGUUUCUCGUCUGUUGGUGGACUGACGACGAGUCCGAUUGCGGGAGCCAUUCUCCAGCGGGAUGGGGGUUCGUAUACGGGGAUGAAGAUCUUCUCGGGGGUGAUGUUGCUGGUUGGGACGGGAUUUGUGAUGGCGGCGAGGGUGGCGCAGACGGGGUGGUGAAAGCCAAGUUUUAG